UCCCGACCCGAAACGUCACCCAUUCCUUCUCUCCAGAGAUGCUGCCUGACAGUCCCGCUGAGUUAGUGCAGCAUUCUGUGCCUAUCUCGGGGAUGUAAAGCAGCCUCUGCUGUUCCUUGCUACGCGGGUAAAGGUUGUAUGAUUUCGAUGUGAAGUGUUGGCAGCAGCAGCAGCAGCAGCAGCAGCAGCAUCGCCGAUGUGGACGUGCCUCGCUGGACCUUGCCUGUGUACUUUCAGCGGGCUGCCGGCAGGGACCAUCAGCCGCCGAGCUGCGCUGCGCUGCGCUCUGACAACCAGAUGCAGAAGCAGUGAACGGCGCACCCGCACCCACCCGCCCAUCCAAAGACGGUCCAUACAAAAGAUCAGCGACCAGGUCUCUCGCACAGUCCGCCGCACCCCACCCCACGCAAACCCGCCCGUGGAAACGUAAUAAGGUGAAUCUGCGAGUCAGAGACAGAGAGAGAGGGAGACACACAGAGAGACAGAGACCAGCCAGGAGGCGAACCCAUCUAUUCAUUGGCACGUUUCAAAGCCUUCGGCGCGGCCAAGUCUCCACCGGGAAACCUCAAGAGCUCACAUCCAGCGAGUUCAAUUUCCAUGAGGUACUGUGGAAAUGUUUCCAGUCUGGAACAAGGGUUAAAUUGUCAUCUAAAAGCACCGAUUAUGGGCUGUAUAGGCUCCAAAACAACUAUCGUGGCGGUGGAUACAACAUUAAGCGUGGAGUGGAAGGAAGUGAAGUCGGCCGCCGCUCUCUUUCCGUUGGGGAAUACAAGCACCUCGCUGGUGCAUAGGCUGGCUCACCAUACAUCAGUAGACUGCCUGGAAACUACCGAGGUAAAUGUUGAAGACACUAUUGAAAUGUUACCAAAAUCAAGACGUGCGCUUACUAUCCAGGAGAUUGCUGCACUCGCAAGAUCGUCUUUGCAUGGUUUUUCCCAGGUGGUAAAAGACCAUGUAACCAAACCUACAGCCAUGGCUCAGGGCCGCGUUGCUCACCUCAUUGAGUGGAAAGGUUGGUGCAAGCCAAUAGAUUCACCAAUGACUCUCGAGAUUGAUUUCAAUUCCUACUCUGACCUAAGCGAAGGGGAACAGGAAGCAAGAUUUGCAGCAGGUGUGGCGGAGCAGUUUGAAAUAGCAGAGGCCAAACUAAAAGCAUGGUCAUCUGUUGACGGUGAUGAGAUGAAUGACGACUCGUAUGAUGAAGAUUUUGUACCAAGCAUGGAGAACACACAACCAGCUGAUCCAGCAACACAGCAUCCCCAAGUGAAUUAUUCAAGAGACCGGAUGCACAGCCAUCUGUGCCAAUUUACGGUGAGACAGGCCUCGUGUGAGCAGGAGAGUGAUUCCUCCCAGACCGUCUCUCCAGAGACCCUUUGUUCAAGUCUGUGCAGUCUGGAAGACCAUCCUUUGCUUAAAGUGGAACUGGACACCCCGACUGAAUUAGCCGCAAAACUGUUUGGCCAGAUGGGCGCGGUGCCUGGUCAUCGGGAAGUGAUAUCUCAGCUGCACCCAAGCGGAAACAUUGAAUGUGCCUUUAGGAACCUUAUCUGUGAGGACUCCUCUUAUUCUGUGUCUUACGCUGAAUCUUGUUUCACUCCAGAAGAAGACGAUAUGUCAUGCCAAGACUAUAAAAGCAUUUCAAAGAAGGAGGACGGGAAGUAUGAGGGGCGGAGGAAGGUAUCAGACGUUGCUUCCUCAGGUGUGGUGUCUCUGGAGGAGGAUGAAGCUGAAGAUCAAUGAAUCCUAGUCACCCUGGCAUGCGUUACUUACUCCCUUUGAUACUGGUCUUUAAGCGUCCACACAAUCUCUCUGUAUUUUGUAAGAGACUACCCUUUGCACAAAUAAUUGCCUGAGGUUGGGUUGCAAAGGUACAAGCACUUCACAGGUUCGCAUGCUACGAAGUGCUCAAAGGAACUGUUUGCUGAAAUGUUCUUCGCACGGUAUGUAGCUCAAGCUUUGAGAACCUUUCUUACUGAUCUUUAAAUUCCGUGCAACGUUAUUUUUCAUGCUGGAAAGCACUCUCCAGUCUUAAUGGCAUGGCUAUGUCUUGUGUUAAAAUGGCCAAAUUAUAAUCUUCGUACAAGAUUAAGCAGCUGCUGGAAUGUACUUAAGACCAGACACACAACGUCUUUUUAAAAAUAUUUAAUCAAAGAGGUAUUUGCUUUUAAUCUACUAGUUUUAUACCAUUCAACAUACUAUGGUCUGACAAGUAAUUAAUUUUCAAUAGUCUAAUAAAAAAACAUGGAAGUGUCUAAAUCUUUUAAACUCCCACCGUUGGUUCCUCUAAUUUUGGAUAAAAUAGUUUCCACUGAUGCAGUAAAGGAAAAGUGCAUUACGAUUCAAAUUUUAUAUUUUUGUAUUUGUGUCUGCAUCUUGUAAGGUACUGCUUGCUGUAUAUUGCAUUGCACGGGGCUUCAGUGCUGUUGUUGUAGGGUAUAUUUCCUUGUUAUCACUGUGUGAUAUCGUCGACAAACAAAGAAUACUGUGGUAUUACUGACUUUCAUAGUACGCUGUUUCAAGUGCAAGUGUUUCAACAAAACAUCUGCAUAAAAACAAUACAGGAAUCCUCCCACUCUAUUAAAACGCAAGAGACAGCCUGAAAUACUGAUGGUGAAGGCACACUCGCAGGUUACAUUGUUAACAUUUCGAAAAAAAUCAAAAAGUACGUUCUCCUUGGAAUUAAUGUACCAACCCUUCAGAGAUGAUGAAACGUGGUGCAUUUUAUUCUUUCCCACGUUACUCAGAAAGGUGCACUAUUACAGUACCCAGGGCUCUCAUUUUCUAAUAACCCAUAUCAGAUGACACACUUGCAUGUGAGGAAGAUUUUAGUUCAUGGCAGUUCUUUACCUAUAGCUAUUUUGUGUUGUUGAUGCUUUUUUGGCAUGUAACUGGAUUGGCAAUGAAAAAAACUCCCCUCUGUAAAGUUUUUUUAAUUUGACAAUGGUUGUUUUCCUGUAAAAUCAACACCAUCUUUGCUUCAUAAGGUCAUAAGUGAUAGGAGCUGAAUUAGGCCAUGCGGCCCAUCAAGUCUACUCCGCCAUUCAAUCAUGGCUGAUCUAUCUAUCCCUCCUGACCCCAUUCUCCUGCCUUCUCCCCAUAACCCCUGACACCCGUACUAAUCAAAAAUCUAUCUAUCGCUGCCUUAAAAAUAUCCAUUGACUUGGCCUCCACAUCCUUUUGUGGCAAAGAAUUCCACAGCUUUCCUCUGACUAAAGAAAUGCAUUCUCAUCUCCCUCCUAAAGGAACAUCCUUUAAUUCUGAGAUUAUGGCCUCUGGUCCUAGAUUCUCCCACUAGUGGAAACAUCCUCUCCACAUCCGCUCUAUCCAAGCCUUUAGUCACAACAUUGCCAGAUCAUAGCGACAAAGCUGCUGUUAUUUGACUGGCACAGGCAUUUUAUUUGGAUAUGGUGUGUAGAUAUUAUUUAUUCCCUCCAGAAACAUCAUUGUCUUUGAUUGUCCACUAACGUACUUUCUUUACAUCAUCUGCUCAGCGACUAUACUUCCUUCACCUCCAGAAUACUGAAGCAACAUGAUUAGUUUCUACUUACCAUGCAUAAUCUGUUGGUAAAACAUAAACUCAGAGUGACAACAUCAACAUUAGGAGAUCUAACCCUACAAAUGGAAAAAACUGUUACUGUUUGGCUGUGGACAUGUGAUGAUAUUGCCUGUUUGUUUUGGAUGUGUUUGAGUCUGCAACUAAGGAAAUGCAAGUCUAUUUGUUUUGAUAGGGCCUUUUUGCUAAAUGCAUCUAAGAAACCUUGCCGAUUAAACCAUUUUAAGUGACUUUUCACAGUGAUCGGCAUUGGUCGCAGACCUUUCUAAGCUUUGCAAAUAUUUUUGUUUCUCUUAAAGUUUUGAAAAUUCCCACUUCAGUGGAAGAUGCCACUGUGAAUGCUCUGAUGACAUCUAUUUGCACUUAUUUAUUUUGUAAAAUUGUACAUGUAUGAUGCGGUACUGUUUCUUUAGGAAAUAAUGUCUUCUUUUGUCUAUCUUUUUCUUUGUUAUAGCAACAAUUAAGAAUUCCAAAUAAAUUAUCAGUAAGUUCCUUUGCUUGCUUCAGCUUGUGGACUUUUCU